AUGUUUCGCUUCAUGAGGGACCCCGAGCCUGAGGAUCCCAUGUUCCUGAUGGACCCCUUUGCCAUUCACCGUCAACAUAUGAGCCGCAUGCUGUCAGGUGGCUUUGGAUAUAGCCCCUUCCUCAGCAUCACAGAUGGCAACAUGCCCGGGACCAGGCCUGCCAGCCGCAGGAUGCAGGUAAUGGCUGGGGCUGUCUCCCCCUUUGGUAUGCUGGGGAUGUCAGGUGGCUUCAUGGACAUGUUUGGGAUGAUGAACGACAUGAUUGGGAACAUGGAACACAUGACAGCUGGAGGCAAUUGUCAGACUUUUUCAUCCUCCACUGUCAUCUCCUAUUCCAACACGGGGGAUGGUGCCCCCAAGGUCUACCAAGAGACAUCAGAGAUGCGCUCAGCACCAGGCGGGAUCCGGGAGACGCGGAGGACUGUCCGGGACUCGGACAGUGGACUAGAGCAGAUGUCCAUUGGGCAUCACAUCCGAGACAGGGCUCACAUCCUUCAACGCUCCCGAAACCACCGCACAGGGGACCAGGAAGAGCGACAGGACUACAUCAACCUGGAUGAGAGUGAGGCUGCAGCAUUUGAUGAUGAGUGGCGGAGGGAGACUUCCCGGUUCCGGCAGCAGCGCCCUCUGGAAUUUCGACGGCAUGAGGCAUCAGGGGGUGGGGGCCGAAGGGCUGAGGGGCCUCCCCGCCUGGCUAUACAGGGACCUGAGGAUUCCCCCUCCCGACAGUCCCGCCGCUAUGACUGGUGA